AUUCGGACAUGGAGUUUCAGUUUUCUAAUUUCAUGUCAUAUAAAAAUACAUUAUCAACGUAUCUUUUGCAAAGUACAUAACCAUAACAGACAGAUUCCCCCCUUUAGUCCAAAGACAUUGUACUGAAAUAAAGCAAAGUCUUAAGAGCAACAUACUUUAUGUACCUCUGCGGGUAUGAAAACGCUGGAAAAUACAGGAUGGUGCGUUCCUUGGGUGCUGUCCAUGAGAUGCGCGCUGCUGGUGGGCGGUACUUACGGUCAGACUCUCAAUCUGACGCAGUGCAUCCCGACGCUCAGCAUCCUUCAGCGCGCAGCAUCCCACAACGGCCUGGACCAGACCAGACACGAGAACACCAAGUACUGUAGAGAUGUAGCCAUGAAUCAUACACAUUGUAUCAGCUAAACGAAGGACCGUCGACAUCUAUUGUUUAUUCCACGGCUGUUAUCCGGAUCGCAGCGCGCCCAACCCUCAAAAUGGCUGAGAUCACUGAAAUAGGCGCAGUGUACGAUAUGUCUCCAGUGCUGGCGGGGUUUAUCGGUGCUGGUGUGUUGGUUGUUGCAGUCUUUGCGUUAAUCUUUUUGUGGACUUGCUGUCAGAAACAUUACAACAGGACGAACUACAAGCUCCAUGGCAUCCAAUCGGAACACAGUGACCCUCUCACAGACCCGCCGUACAAGUUUAUUCACAUGCUGAAAGGAAUGAGCAUCUACCCUGACGCACUGACCAACAGCAAGAGGAUCAUUAGGGUGGCACGCCAGGCAAGGUCCAAGACCACUGAUGGGGCUCAAGGCAGCAAGGGCCGCCCAGUGGUGCUGGUAGAUAUGGAUUCAGCAGCAGAAAGCGGCCUGCUGGGAGAGAAACAAAUGCAGAUGAGGCUCGGGGAAAGUGGCCACGAGGUUCCCAGGAUGGAGAGGGAGCUUCCUGUGCGUGCAGAUUACUGCUGUCUAGACAGCAGCUCUGCAAGCAGCAGUCAGACCUCCAGUACUACGGUUUCCAGCACGGCUACACCCUUCACCCCUGCCGAUGAGCCCAGCCGGGGGGACCUCAGCAUUGCAAUCGACUAUAACUUCCCCAAGAAGGCCUUGGUGGUCACCAUUCUAGAAGCUCGGGGGUUACCGGCAGUGGAAGGCCAGACGGGCAGUGCAGACCCCUAUGUGAAGAUGACCAUUCUCCCAGAGAAGAAACAUCGCGUUAAGACUCGUGUUCUGAGGAAGACUCUGGAGCCUGCGUUUGAUGAGACCUUCACAUUUUAUGGUGUGCCGUACAGCUCCCUGUCGGAUCUCACUUUGCACUUCCUGGUUCUAAGCUUUGACCGGUUCUCACGAGAUGAUGUGAUUGGGGAGGCGAUGGUUCCACUGGCAGGUGUGGACCCGAGUACAGGCCGGGUCCAUAUUACGCAACAGAUCACGAAGAGAAGUAUGCAGUGUGUAAGCCGUGGAGAGCUGCUGGUCUCUCUGUCCUAUCAGCCUGUUUCUCACAGACUCAGCGUGGUGGUGUUAAAAGCAAAACACCUUCCAAAACUGGACAUCACUGGGCUAUCUGGAAAUCCGUAUGUGAAGUUAAACGUGUUCUAUGGCCACAAGCGCAUUGCCAAAAAGAAAACGCAUGUGAAGAAGUGCACGCUCAACCCUGUCUUUAACGAAUCCUUCAUCUAUGACGUACCGGCUGAGUUGCUGCCAGACAUCUCUAUCGAGUUCCUGGUCAUGGACUUUGACCGCACUACUAAAAACCAGGCCUUAGGACGGCUGGUGCUCGGUGCAAACAGCCCCUGCCCCUCGGGUGCCGCCCACUGGCAGGAGGUCUGCCAAAACCCACGGCGCCAAAUCUCAAAGUGGCACACGCUCAACGAAUAUUAGAGCUUCACCACGCUCUCUCUCUGUGCACACACUCAAACACAGGCACACAGGAAACGAUUAAUAAUGAGAGAGUUUGAGGAAAAAGAUGCCUUUGUUACCAUCACUACAUGGGAGGUAACCGAUCUUCAGGAGGACUUUAAAAAAAAAAAGACUUAAGCCAACAUUUACGUCAUUGCCGACGCGAUGAUGGGCCUCGGAAAUGAAUCUUUUUAAAAACACAAGUACACUCUUACUUUCUCACUCAGUUGCUCACAUACACACACGCACACACACCGCAAGAACACAACACGAUAAAUAAUAAACGAGACCAAAAUAUAACAUAUUGACAGACUGUUAGGAGCUCAUGAGGUGUACGAUUCUGUAACUGUCCUAAUGAAACUUAUCGCAUGUCUUAACACUCCAUAUUUCACUCCAGAAUGGGACAUUGUGUGGAUUUAUGAUUAAACAGGCUCUGAUUUCUGGAACUUACAUCAAGGGGAGCUUGUGAUAAGCAGAUGUACUGAUUCUCCACUGUAUGAGCAAUGCACCAAAGUGACGCAUAGGUUGUAUGAUCUACGCUAAAAGUAUGAUUUGUUCUGUUCUGCUUUGGCUGGAGAUGUUUCAGAGAUUCCUGCUGUGUCACAUUCUCCACAGCUACAAGUUGAGUCAUGUGAUUGUACAACAAUAACCCUUUUGGCAGCACUCUGGGCCUGAUUUAUUGCUUGUGCAACAAUUUCAUCAUGCACUUUGGAUAAAUCUGGCCCUGAAAACCUUAAUCUGCACUGCUAUGCUACAAACAAACUCUGAAUGUCACCGUCUGUAUGAAUUUCAUACAUCAGAGCUUCACUUCACCAUAAAACAGAGGUUCACUGUUUCGUAGACUUUACUUGCCCAUGUCAUCAGAUGCUCUUUUUAAGGUGGAUUGGAUCCGCUGUCAUUUUAAAUCCUGUGUGAUAUAGAGAUAGACAAAGAGAUGUGUGCUUAGUUUAGAGCUGGGAAGCUCUGGCAUAUUAAGGGGGCAAUCUGAGCCCUUUGGUGUGAUGUUUGGGAAAUGGAAAGAUAUGUAGCGGUAUAUCACUUGUAGUUCAUAAAGUCAAGGGGGAAUGUGUUCAUGUAAUUCUAUCAGUCACAACACGUCUUCUAGCAUACCUCGCUCACCUCAGUUCCCCUUUUUCUGUCUUGUACCACUUUUCCACAUCUCUCUUUUAUGAUGAGAAUUUGUAUAGUCAUUUAUUUUAUUUAUAGUGUGCUUGCUUACCCUCAAGAUCUAGAUGGUUUACCAGUGUGCCUGCUGAUAGCCUGGGCCUUUAUCUCUGAUUGGUGCUCCUCACUGUUAAUUUAUCAAGCCGGAGGUCUAAAUCCGUCUGUGUUUCAUAUCGAGGCAGAAUUAAGGUUGGGAACCGAGAAUCAGAAAUGAUUCCGUUAGAAAGAAAUACUGGAACCAAAUGGCGUUCAGCUCCAUUAACGAUUCUCGCACUUGCGUUUUUUCGCUGAUGCAGACGAAACAUUGAAUUAAAAAACUGUUUCCUGUUUUCUCAGUUUCCUGUACAAUUUAUUCAGCAGUGCCACAAAAAUGCUAUUAAAUCUACAGCGUGCCCAGUGUAAUCUGAUUACAGAACAAAUUACUCAUGAUCCAUUUCUUUUUAGUGAAUUGAAACUAUACAGUGCAACCAGUGUAGUAUUAUUCUUGAACGAAUGACUGUAAUGAGUCGGUUCUUUUUAAUGAAUCAAAAAUGUACAAUGCAGUUUAGUACAAUUCUCUAAAAACAAAAGGACUCUAAUGAGAAUUAGUGUAUCAAACGAUUUCAGUGCAACAGUGUGGUAGGAUUCCAGAACAAAUGACUCUAAUGAGUCGGUUCUAUUUAAUUAAUCAAACCCACAACACAACUACAGUCGCAACUAUGGUCGCAAGUUCGGACGUUACCAAUAGAGUUCAAUGGAAUUUACGACCAUAGUUAGCUAAACUUAUGUUUUUUGUCAUUAGUAUUUUAUAAAUAUUCAUAAAUAAAAUGUUGUCACAUUUUUGUUUGAGUAUUUUUAGAUAUUUUUAGUAUAUAUAUUUAAGAACAAUUAUUGGAUUGUAUUUAUGCUGCCACUAAAAAGACUAUGACAAGAAUUGUUUUAAAUGUAUUUAUUUCUGAAAUUAUUUUAUCAUUUGACAAUGCAAAUGUAUUUUUUCCCAAAAUAUUAAUUCCUUAAAAAUACUAAAGAUUCAAUUAAGAUUUGAUUAAGACAAUUAAGGACUUAGAACCAGAACCAGAUCCUUUGAAUUCUUCUCGAUUCCCAUCCCAAGUAGGAAAUUUGCCCAGGAUUCAAGAGACCCAGCAGAGCAGGGACCAUCACUGAUCUGGGAAGCUCAACACUUGGUGUCAUUUCUCAAAAAUACAUUGCAAAAAUUUCCGCUUAAUUCCUCACAAAUUAGCCACUAGCAGUCAGCUGGUCGUAUGGCACAUGGUUUCUCUAUCAUAGAGAUGUUAGAUUGUAAACUGUAAUUCUAGAUGAAAAAAAAAAAGCUUCUUUCCAUUCAAGCUUAUUACAUGCUAAAUUCACAAUCCCUGUAUAAAAGUGCACCCUAUCCACCCAGUAAUGUCUUUCGUGUAGAAGACACUUCUUUGUGUCGGAUCACUGGUAUGACAAAAUGGAAACAUAUUAAAAGAUGCAACCAAUCUGAGAAACAACACACAGGAGAAAAAACAAACACAAUAGAUUCAAAAAAAAAAAAAAGAAAAAAAGACUUAUACAAAAUCGCUUUGGUGUUCAAAAAUAAAUUGGCAGGAAACUGAAAAAUGUUGUAUUAGUGCAAACUAAAAAAAAUAUCUUGUGAAUAUUUGACAUAUAAUGUACUGCAAAAUGUUGUGAGAUCUCUGCUAAUGUUACACACCCACCUGUAUGUUAGUGUUCUUAACACCCAAUGAAUGUGCAAAAUAAAUGUGGUACACAAGUGAA